UCUAUGUUUGAUUCUUUUUUCACGCCUGGAGCCGGUGGAAAUUAAAAAAGCUACUUGAAUGUACAGCAUGAUGAUGGAGACGGACUUGCACUCCCCCGGCGGAGCCCAGGCCCCCACGAACCUCUCGGGGCAAACCGGAGCGGGAGGCGGCGGCGGUGGUGGCGGCGGCGGCGGGGGGAACAAAGCCAACCAGGACCGGGUCAAAAGACCCAUGAACGCCUUCAUGGUCUGGUCUCGGGGCCAGCGGCGGAAGAUGGCCCAGGAGAACCCCAAAAUGCACAACUCAGAGAUCAGCAAGCGCCUGGGGGCCGAGUGGAAAGUCAUGUCGGAGGCCGAGAAGAGACCGUUCAUCGACGAGGCGAAGCGGCUGCGGGCGCUGCACAUGAAGGAGCACCCGGAUUAUAAAUACCGGCCCCGGCGGAAGACCAAGACCCUGCUCAAGAAGGACAAGUACUCGCUGGCCGGGGGGCUGCUGAGCGCCGGCUCGGCCGGGGGAGGCCCAGCUGGCGUCGGCGUGGGCAUGGGCGUCGGUGUCAGCCCCGGCGGCGUGGGGCAGCGGCUGGAGAGCCCCGGCGGCACGGCCAGCGGCGGCUACGCGCACAUGAACGGCUGGGCCAACGGCGCCUACCCGGGCUCGGUGGCGGCGGCGGCAGCGGCGGCGGCGAUGAUGCAGGAGGCGCAGCUCGCCUACAGCCAGCACCCGGGCAGCGGGGGGCACCCGCACCACCCGCACCCCCACCACCCCCACCACCCGCACAACCCCCAGCCCAUGCACCGCUACGACAUGGGCGCCCUGCAGUACAGCCCCAUCUCCAACUCGCAGGGCUAUAUGAGCGCUUCGCCCUCGGGCUACGGCGCCCUGCCCUACGGCUCCCAGCCCCACCAGAACUCGGCGGCGGCGGCAGCGGCUGCGGCGGCGGCGGCAGCCGCCUCCUCGGGGGCCCUGGGUGCCCUGGGCUCGCUGGUGAAGUCGGAGCCCAGCGUGAGCCCGCCCGUCACCUCGCACUCUCGGGCCCCCUGCCCCGGGGACCUGCGGGAGAUGAUCAGCAUGUACUUACCGGCCGGGGAAGGCGGGGAUCCGGCGGCCGCCGCCGCCCAGAGCCGGCUCCACUCCUUGCCCCAGCACUACCAGAGCGCCAGCACGGGGGUGAACGGCACCGUCCCCUUGACGCACAUCUGAGC